AAUGAUUCAUCCUGUGGCCAAGUGGCUGAUGGAGGGGCAUGAAUUGCAGACAGCAUCUUGAACGCUUUAAGGUAGACCUACAAGGAAUUGAUGAUCAUAGCAUAUGCAGUGUGGAAAUACCACCUUUACUGGAGGAAAGAGUGUGCAGGGAGUUUGGAGGCCAGCUUCAUAGAUACCUGUACGGAGUGGGUGUAACGUUGUGGACAGUAACUGAAGCGUAUGACAGCCAGUCAUGGCGAGGAACUGGAUGUGAGGGAAGCCUAGUCAUAGCCCACUGAGGUCACUUGAGAGGUCAGCACGUUGUGAGUGGACUUAAGAAGAAGAUACAGUGUGCAUGGUUUCUUGGAAGGACUACAUACUGUGAACCUGGUCGCCUGCAAGUAAUCAGAUCUCCAAUGUCCUCAACAUGCAGUGGUUUUGCAGUUUGUGACACUGAUAGCUUCCUCAUCAAUCUUGUCAAGAUUCACUAAGCUUCGUCAGUGACAAAGACUAUAAUUACGCUGUAUGACAUUUGGAAAGGUGCUGUGACCCGUCCAACUGCCCGAUGCAGACCGUUAUCAUGGACACAAGCUAUGGGCCAAUGAAUGGACCGGCAGGGGGUAUGACCAUGCCUGAACCCGACCUGCUUGAAAAUGGUAAACACGAAGGAAGACGGUCUUCCCAGGAUUCCUUUCUUGAAUAUGCAUCCCGACACGUGCGUCCGGUCAACGGCCCCAUGCCAGCCAGCCGCCGGAUGGACAGGCACCACUCAAAGCGAAUGCGCCGAAGACUUGUGUACAAAAACGGUGAAGUCAAUAUCACACAAACAAAUAUUCGUAAACGGAGGAGGAGGUACUUGGCCGAUAUAUUCACAACUCUUGUAGAUAUAAAAUGGCGGUAUAACCUGAUGCUGUUUGCAAUGGCCUUUAUUCUGAGUUGGCUAAUCUUUGCACUCAUCUGGUGGCUUGUGUGCUUCUCCCAUGGAGAUUUAGACCACGUUGGCGACGAGAACUGGACACCGUGUGUCAAAGAAAUAUAUUCAUUCACAUCAGCUUUACUAUUUUCUAUAGAAACACAACACACUAUAGGCUAUGGUUCACGUCACACAACAGAACAGUGUCCUGAAGCUAUUGUCCUCAUGAUGUUUCAGUCCUGUUUCGGUGUUAUCUGCCAAGCUUUGAUGACUGGUAUCGUGUUUGCCAAACUCUCAAGACCAAAGAAACGCGCAGAGACCUUGAUGUUCAGCAAGAAUGCAUGUUUAUGUAAACAGGAUGGGGAGCUGUGCCUAAUAUUCCGGGUCGGUGAUAUGAGGAAGUCUCAGAUUGUUGAAGCACAUAUCAGAUCAGUAUUAAUUAAAAAGAAAAUAACAAAGGAAGGAGAAGUCCUUCCACUCUAUCAGUUUGAUGUCAAUUUAGGAUUUGAGGAGGGUAGGGACCGAUUGUUCUUAGUGUGGCCAGUGAUUAUCGUUCACAAAAUUGAUGAGACCAGUCCAUUCUGGGAGAUGUCUCCAGAUGACCUACACAGAGAACAGUUUGAGUUGAUAGUGAUCUUGGAAGGUAUCGUGGAAUCAACAGGGAUGACUACCCAGGCAAGGAGUUCCUACCUCCCUGGGGAGAUCCUGUGGGGACAUCGAUUUGAGAGACUUGUUACGUUCCAGAAAGAGAAUGGCCAGUAUCAGAUUGACUUCUCACGAUUUCACAACACCAUUCCAGUGGAUACCCCACAAUGCAGUGCAAAGGAACUAGCAGAAAUGACAGCUGCAGGCAAUGUGCCAGAUAGUACGUAUAUUGAUGAAGACGAGAAUACGUCGAUUGUUUCUAAGAGUGAGAGGUACCCAAGUCCCUAUGUGGUAAAACGACAUGGGGUAGCACAAACAGAUUUCUAUGAUGAUGAUGGAGAUUCUUCACUGAGGAGCAAGAGGAGUACCAGUACUGACCUGGGGUCAAGGGAGGAGUCGGAAACACUUCUAUGACAUUGAAGGCAGCUUAAAUGAGAAAGGUGGACCGUCCUGCUGAUAGUGGGUGAUCAGUGGAAUCAUGGUGGCUGUGCUAGGACCUCAUGCUGUUGUUGCCACAGGCCAUCCUUCAGUAGUGUGUGAUCAAUGGGAAAGAAAUGGGUGUGCUGGGACCUCAUGCUGUUGUUGCUUCAGGCCAUCCUGUGGUAUCGUGUGUGGUCAAUGGGAACAGAAUGGCCGUGCAAGAACCUCAUGAUGUUAUUGCUGCGGACUGUCCUCGUGUGAGUCUGGCUCAUCCUGGAACAACUAAUCUGUUCAGACAAGCAUGUAGCCAUGAUGAACUAAGCGCAAACUCCAAAUCAACAGAUAGAAGCAUAAAUCUUGACAUUAAACCUCAGGUGGACAUGGUCCCCAUCAGCUUGUUUGAAGUGGGGUUGAGCAGGACUUGUUGUUUCUCAAUGCCGCUUGGCAAGCUGUGUGACCAGUGGUGCUGUCAACAAUAAUAUCUUCAUAAUUACACUGAGUGCCUGUGCAUUGAAGUUCUCAACAUUAAAUACAGUUGAAGAAAUGAUUCCUAGGAAUAUCAGAUUUCAAGUUGGUCUCAGUCUUGAAGACAUAACUUGACACAACCUUGGAAGACAGAAUCUAGUUCUUCUAACUCAAGGACAAAUGAGGAUGGGUUUUUCUUAGACUAGUGAAACCAGAAAGUGCUUCUCAGUGGGAAGGACAGACCCAGGCUUGCGUCAGUCUAGGAAACGCUGCUGAUGCAGUAGUCAUGGGCUCAGAUCCUCUGUUGGGAGGAGGAGGUGGGGGGUAAGUUGUUCUCCACAAGUCAGUGCAUAUCUGGUCCUCCCUGCGAGGCUUGACUAACUGGUACGGAGAGUUGCAUUCUCAACUCUUCAAGUGAGGGAUUGCACUUGGAUAUAAUGAGAGAUUAAAUGUGAAUUUUUCAAAGAGAACUUCAAGAACAAAGGACAUGGUCUCUUCAUGAUAGAAGUGCAUGUGAUGGAAUCAUUACCCAAAGUCCUGACUGUCCCUGGCUGGAUACCGGUUCUCAAUAUUUGGAUGUUAAGUGCUGAUUGAAGUGAUGGAGUGGAUCUAACUUUCAGAGUGCUUUCCCUUGUUUUCUGACUGCCAUGUUGGAUGCAUGUUCCGUCAGCUUUGGGAAAUUUUGAAAUAUUCGAUGCCACGUUCCCUCCCUAUGGAAGAAUGUUUGCUAAUAUAUGGAUGUUCAGUACAUUUGUAUACGGAGUUGCUUGCAAAAUUGAUGACAAGAUAUACAGAUAUUGAAGAAAUGUCCAAGUGUUAAAGGGCAUUUUAUAGUUGGUGCAAAGCAUCAUUCAAGAUAAGGAUUGCUAAGCAAUAUGGAAGCAGGAUGUCUUAUGCUAAAUAUUAGGUUUUUGAACAUUUCAAAAUUGGUAACAUUGGUAUGUUAGUGAAUAUGUACACAUCAUUCAGUUCCCAUUGGAAAACACUUCUUUCAGUUUUAAAGUAAGGAUAUGCAUUUAUAUUUUUUUUUACGACUUCCUUUUCAGAUGGAACAAAUUCAGGUAGUCUAAAUCAAGCCUCAAGAAUCAAUGCCAAAACUGCCUUAUGUCAUCUAAGUAAGAAGAUUGUCAACCUAUUUUGGAAUAUCAAUGUAGAUACCAAACCUGUUUGAAUAUUGCUAUGGAUUCAAGUGAACUUGUUGUUUUAGACAUGAAAUUGCAUUGUAAGUUGCAUUAUUCCUGUAAAUGACUCUUUUACCUGGAAUUCCUAUCUAAAGUUCUUUUUGUUUGUUCAUAUUCACAAACAGCCAAAAUGUUAAGUGAUGCUAAUACUUGUGCCUAAAUUCACAAAUACUAAGAUUUAUAUAUUUUAUAGUUCAGGAAACUGUAUUAAAACUCUUCCAGAUUUCAUAAGAGCACAUGCAAUCAUUGUUCUGUAAAGUGUUUCCCUGUGAGUUGUCCAGCUUUGUUUAAAGGCUCUUGCAACAUUUUAGAGUUCACCAAAGGGAGAUCACUCUCAAGACAUGAGGACACAACUUCUCCUCACCCAGUCACAAGGCUUUAUUUGCAUACGUUUUAUUAUUUGCUUAAUACUCAGAUCACAGAUUAUUGUUUUAUUUAUACUUCCAUUGCUUUUGUUUUCGUUUUUCUAUCCGCUUCAUAUCAGAUUAUUUUUUUUAUUUUUAUUUAUGUCAGAUUACAAGAUUAUCAGAUUAUAAUUUACUGAAAGAGAUUAAUUUAAAUUUAAAAAUAAUGUUUGAUGCAUAAUGCAAAUGUUCUCUUUGCUGACAUUUUCAAAUUGAAAAUAUUAUUGGUUUUAUUAAAAUUUAAUCUGCAUUAUUUUAUUUUUUUAUGAUAUAUAUAGCUUCUUAUCAUGGGUUUGGUACGGUGGUGAUGCCUAGUGGUUGAAACGUUUGCUCAUCACACCGAAGACCUAGUUCGAUUUCCCACAUGGGUACAAUGUGUGAAAACCAUUUCUGGUGUUGCCCGCUGUGAUAUUGCUGGAAUAUUGCUAAAAGCGGAGUAAAACCAUACUCACUCACUCACUAAUGGUGGGUUACAACUACAUUCAAGUUGUUAAAUGACAUAUUUGGUGACACUUCAGUUCCCUUACAAUUUCUUCCAGAAGCUUACAUUUUUUCAGUUUGAUUAUGUUUAAGAGAUGAACAUUUAUUUAAGAGAUAAUCAAAUAUAGUUUUGUAUGAACCACAGCUUCUACAAGUUUUUGAUUGCCUGAUUCCCCUCGGUAUGAUUUGUUAAUGUUUGUCUAAGAUUUGUGAUACAUUAUAAGUGCUAUGAAUAUAUGUAUAUCAGGUGUGUAUUGGAUAUAUAUCACCUGCGUGAUGGAAGGUACUAUUAUCUUCACAACUGUGAUCACCAUUUCUGUUAUUUUCAUACCUGCAUGCAAACGUAAUUUAGUAACUCAGUUUAAUUUCACUUUGUGUGAUGUGAUCACUCAAGCAACAAUAAUCUUAUUCGGAUGUCCACAGUAAAGAAAGUUUAAUUUUUUAUGGUUUUUACACUAGCCAGAUCAAUGUGUGUCUUUUAGGUUGCAUAGACUAGGCAAGACAGUUUUUUUAUAUCAAUCAUAUUCCAUGACAUUAUGGAAGAAUCGAAGGCCAAUUGUGGUGCUUUGUGAAGUUGUACAGAGAUUUUCUAUGAUGUCUAGCACCUGCAAACCGCAUAAUCAUCAGUUUGCACGAUGCAUAAUGUUAUGUGACAUACAAGCCAUGUUUAUGUGUGCGAGAGUGUGCCAUUGAUAGAUUUCUGUGAUACAGUUUAUUCAGGAUUUGCCACAUAAGGACAGCAAAGUCACAUCCAUUUGGUUGUUUUCUCAAUUUUUUUAAUUAAUUAAUGGCAGUAAUGUUCAUAUGAAGCUAUAGGUACAAUGCACACAUUUUUAAUCAUCAAAAUAGUUUUAGGGUCCUGAGCGACUUUAUCAUUACAUACUACUUUUUUUAUAAGGACAGUUUUAUCUUUCCAUUAUACACAAAACUGUUUCUCAUAAUGUGUCAAGUGUAUAUUUAAAUAGAAUGACAUUUCUGAUUAUCCCUAUCAAAAGUUGACUACUAUAUAAACCAGAAAACUAACUGCUGAAAACGGUUACAUUUCAUACUCUUAAAGAAUGAGCCCUGGUGUUUUGUGGACUUAUUUCAGUCUUAAAGCGCAUUUGAAAACCAGUCCUAGUUCUUUAAUUACAUUGGGGGUGGGUGUUAGAGAUUUUUGGCUAAAAAAUUCAGGUCCAUAGGUGGAGAAAAAACAAAGAACCAAUUUCAAUAUCUUUUUUUCUUUUCUUAAAUGGGUGUGAGAC